UGAAAAGUUCUUUCUACACAAUCAAAUUUUCGAUGUGACGUUUCGAUGACUACUACGAUAUGUACACUGUUACCUUCAUCAAACAAAUGACCAGCGAAGUGUAUACACACAAAAGUGUAAAAUGUGUACGAGAAGUAUUGUUGUUUUAUGAAGUGGUUUACAUGUGUGUAAAUCUGUCAAUAUAGCAGGAUCUGUGUUAUCUUUGACCUACUACGCGGAAGUAGUAUUGUAUUUCAUUUUCACCAUGUUGGCGUUUGACAACACUUGUGUUUUUUGUUUUAUAUUACUUAACGUGUAUAUUGUGUAUAGCUACUGGAUUUCUCUGCUGGCCAUCUUGCUGGUCUACUCUGCUUUGAGACCGAUCAUUAAAACCUCAAGGAGUAGGUUGGACAUAGGCAGAAAAGGUGUUUUCAUUACAGGAUGUGAUACAGGAUUUGGUCACCAUCUCGCCAAACGACUCGAUGACAAGGGGUAUACAGUGUAUGCCGGCGUCCUCAGUGAACAGAGCCCGGGGGCCAAGGCUUUACAAGCACGCCAGUCAGACAGGCUUCAUGUUAUCAAACUUGACGUUACUAAAGACGAUGACGUCGAACAAGCUCUCACGUUCGUAAGAUCUACCGGACCAGGACUAUGGGCCAUUGUCAACAAUGCUGGAAUAGAUUUCCCCGCUGAUGUUGAGUUAGCGACUGUCGACCAAUACAAGCGAUGUGCUGAGGUGAAUCUUUAUGGCAUGAUCCGGGUCAUCAAGGCGUUUCUCCCUAUGAUCAGAAAGUCUAAAGGGCGGAUAGUCAACAUGUCUAGUGUAAAAGGUCGAUAUUCCUGGCCUGGUGAUUCGGUUUACAUCGUAACCAAACACGGAAUAGAGACCAUGAGCGACUCCCUCCGACUCGAGAUGAAGAAGUUUGGGGUCAAGGUCGCAGUUAUAGAACCCGGACAGUAUGACGGAGCCACGUCUAUCAGCAGCCCGGAACAGCUGAAACGCCUGAGGAAGGAGAUUGACUAUAUGUGGGAAAAGGCGUCGGAGGAAGUUCGGCAGACCUACGGACGUUCGUAUUUUGACGCUAUCUAUCAGGGAAUGGAAAGAGAGACAAGUGGGGGACGUCAGAUGUCGGCCGAUCCCGUUAUGAACGCUAUUGAGGACUCCCUCAUCAACGUAACCCCACAGGCCCGGUACCUGGUAGGGGGGUCGUUCUCUCUCGUAGACAAACUCGGGAUUCUGGCGAAGGUCUAUAACUUUCUCCCCGAGUUUAUUUCGGAUCGGAUCGUUGAGAAGAUGACCGGAUGUGCUUCAUUUACCCGUUGAACCUUAGAAACAUCCAUGACAUAAAUGGACUCUAAUCUCGAGUCAGCGACAACAAAGAUGCUGUAACGUAAAAAUACAACACUCAUUAACAAUAAAAAUUAUACUGUUACCGGCCGAGUGAAAAAUGUGUGUUUGUAUUUGAGAAAGCGUCUUUAAUAAUUCAAAAUUAUGUGUAAUGGUUUGUUUGUAUCAAAAGAUUUAUUUGUUACCAAAAUGGAAGAAUAUUCCGCUUUAGACUGUGUGUUCCAUUGAAAUCAUGACGGAUGCAGUGUCGGUCAUAUCCGUGUACUAGUUUGUACCAAGAAAUAAUAAA